AUGUCUGCAGCGUCUCCUCCGCCUCCUCCAGACCCUAACCGCUUCAACCCAUUCGCCUCGACCUGCGGCUCGUCUCCAUCCAGCUCGUCGCGCCGGCCGCCCCUCCUCCGUCGUUCGAAGACUGUCGCCAACCCCGAGUCGCCUCUCCGCUGGCGCCGCGAGCCUCUUGCCGACGUGACCAACCUCGUACUGGGCAGGCGGGAGAACUGGACGGGCAGAUUGCAGCGCGUCCCAACUCUCGACCAUGACCCUUUGCCUUCACUGUCGCCGUCCCGCUCAGAUGAUGUCGACACUAGCUCAUCGCCCGCGACGCCGUCACGCAUACCUCGUCCGAGCGCCAUGCUGAGGCGCACUCGCUCAGCCGCACCAGGAUUCGCCGGCUCGUCUUCUCCUAGCGAUGUGGACGUCUUGCCGAGCGCAUCGACUCGUCGAGAGCCGACCGUCCUCCGCGACAGCACAGUUGUGCGCGACGACGGGGGCUCUUCCAGUCUGCCUCGUCCUGCCGGCGCCACAGCCUCUGGCCUUCGCAGGCUGACGAGGAGUCUGACCGGUGGCAGCAAUGCAAGUGGCUCGUCUACGGCUGGCUCGUCUGGCGCCAUCGUCGGCUCACGCCGCUGCACCUUUGGCGGUCUGGCAACCCUUCCACCGGGAGCGCGAAGCGGACGAGCUUCCGUCGAGCGAGAACGACAGACGGUUGAGGAGGAGGCGAACCAUCGCCAGCGCGUCGAUCGGCUCGGAGACGCCGACGCGCAAGGGUCUGCGGUAGAGGGACGCUUGCCUUCCCCUCGCUCGCUCACCGCGCGUCAGUCGCUUGUUCCGUCCCGCUGUAUGACGAAAGCCUGUCACUCCUUUCCUCGCGCUCCUUCAGACUCUCUCCUUAUUCCCGUCCGACCAUAUACCCGCCCGUAA